AUGCAUCUUCGACCCGAUCACGCCGUACGGGACCUCCCAACCCUCCACGCCUUCAUCCGCGCCCACCCUCUCGGCGUGAUAACAACCUCCCUCCCAUCGGACAACUUUCCCACACUGCAAUGCAGCCAUAUCCCCUGGGUCCUGGACUCAGAACAGAAAGCCCAGAAUGGAUCGAAUGGAAACAGUGAAACUCCAUCACUCGGCGUACUACGCGGCCAUAUUGCCCGCGCAAACCCACAAAGCAAAGCCAUGAUCGAAGCCGUCGCCCAGUCCCAACCCGACACAACGGGACACGUUCUCCCCGGUGAAGUCUUGAUAGUAUUCACCAGCCCCAUCGACCAUUAUAUCACACCGAACUUCUACACCGAAUCCAAACCCGCCACCGGCAAGGUUGCUCCGACAUGGAAUUACGCCGCGGUCCAAGUCUACGGCCGCGCGACGAUAUACCACGAUUCGAAAGACGAGGCUACGGGCGAAUACUUGCAUCGGCAGUUAUCAGACCUCACUGUACUAGGCGAGCAAGGCGUUAUGGGUUACGGGGACGGCGCCAAGACGGCGCCGUGGAAGAUCGCCGAUGCGCCGAAAGAGUACAUCGCGACGCUCAAGAAAAAUAUUGUUGGUAUGCGGAUUGAGAUUACUCGUAUCGAGGGUCGGUUCAAGGUUAGUCAGGAACGCCCGGUGAAUGACCGUGGUGGGGUUAUUGAGGGUUUAGAGAAAAUGGAGACUGGACGGGCAAGAGAUAUGGCCGAGUACGUGAGAAGCGGUGUUAUGUCCCCGAACCGAGAGUUUUAG